GCGCUCAUUAUUAGUCCACAAUAGACCCGCGCAUUCGCCCGCGCCGCCAGUUCGCACGACAGAUCUAGAUCGCUGCGGACGGUGCUAUAUCCAUAAAAUAUUAUUGAAUUAUUGCACCAGUGCCCUGAGUGAACAUUUCUGUGCUGGAGCAUUAAUAAAGCUGUGAAAAUGGAGACGUUGAAUCGGCUAGUGGCGGGUUACCAUGACCUGAUGGACAACAAAAGUGAUCCGAGGGUCAAAGAUUGGCCCAUGAUGUCGUCCCCUCUGCCUACGCUGGCGAUAUGCCUCACAUACGUAUUCGUAGUCAAAGUAGCGGGGCCAAAGUUUAUGGAAAACAGGAAACCCUAUGAACUCAAACAAGUGCUUAUAUGGUACAAUUUAUUUCAAGUGCUCUUCAGUAUAUGGUUAUUUAAGGAGAGCAUAGCCAGUGGAUGGUUCACGACGUAUAGUUUCCGAUGCCAGCCUGUAGACUACUCACGGUCACCAAUGGCAAUGAGGACAGCGUCCGGAUGUUGGUGGUACUACUUUUCUAAAUUCACGGAGUUUUUCGAUACUAUCUUCUUCGUGAUGCGAAAGAAGUUUGACCAUGUAUCCAAGUUACACGUGAUCCACCACGGCAUCAUGCCCAUGUCUGUGUGGUUCGGUGUCAAGUUCACACCAGGUGGUCAUUCGACUUUCUUCGGCAUGCUGAACACAUUUGUACACAUCAUAAUGUACUCGUAUUACCUACUGGCCGCGCUCGGACCUAAGGUGCAGAGGUACCUAUGGUGGAAGAAAUACCUAACCGCAUUGCAGAUGGUCCAGUUCGUGCUUGUGUUCUUCCACACGUUCCAGCUGUUGUUCACGGAGUGCGACUACCCGCGCGCCUUCGUCUGGUGGAUCGGCAUGCACUCCGUCCUGUUCUACUACCUCUUCUCUGACUUCUACAAACAGGCUUAUCUGAGGAAGGAAAAAGCUAAAAUCGCCAAAGCGAAAGUAGCAGCGGAGGCAGCGAAAUCGGAAUCAAAGGACAUGAUGUACCCACUCCUGAACGGGUUCAGCAAUGGCGCCGCGCUUGGCGACGUGCGGCAGCGAGUCGCCGGCGCCGUCGCCGCGCAGUGACCGCCGCGCGCCCUUAGAUCCUAGAACAAUCCACCCGCAACCACGGGGGCACUACCGACUCCGAUAGCCAACUCUGCUCCUCAUUCCGGUAUCCAAACGCUACCGGAGAGCGAAAGGGGUAGACGUUUCGCAUUCUAUGUGGCCCUUUAAAUAAGAGUACCCGAUGGAGAAAGCUCAAUUAGGUAAUCUUAAGUUAUUGUUAAUAAUUAGAUGUAGAAUUGUUAUAAAGUAUCAGUGUAGAUGUUGUGUGACUGCGUAAUUUACAACGUAAUAAAAUAAGACUACCCGCAGACCAAACAGAACACCGCAGUCAAAUUUUUUUUUCCUUCUUGCUGAAGCGAUGCAGAUGAUUUUCGCCUACGCCGUCAGUUUGGUUUGCGGUUAGUAUAGUCUAUACGCCUUUGUGGGGUUAAUGGAAAAACCCGUUGACACGUUUAGAUUACCGUUUCGAUAUAUUUUGUUGUCUAAAAGAUGCUAGCUUAGCAACCGUCCACGUGUGAGGCAACCGAUGUUUAUAAUAAUUAAAGAGGGUCGUCCUUUUUGUAUGCAAUCUGACCAGAAAAGCAUGCAUGUUUAUCUGUGUCAAUUAUAAAAUUGGGAUACUUGUAUGGUUGUCAGUAGUAAUAAUAAUCUAUGAAAAAAUAUUUCAACUCAUUGUACCUCAAAACUACCGGUUAAAGCAAUAGUUACGCUCUCAUUGUUGCUUUUAUGAUUUCCUGUGCUAUGAAUCUGGCAUUGAUCUUAGUUUAAUUAUAUUGUAACGAAGUUAUUACCUUCUUUAUAAUUAUGACUGCAGCUCGUAUUUCCAAUAUGCACCGAACGCUGCGCCUUAGGCGCUCCAGUAUUGGUAUGGUCUACGAUUACGCUUAGUUUUUAAGGAGGUCACAUUUUAUACUGGUUCGUCUCGGACAAUGCACUCGAUAAAAGAGGUAAUAGUCUAGUAAAACUAAGUACUUUUCAAGUGUCGACAUUGCUAGUAAUUGUGUGAGUACGUUUGAAGGACGUCAAUAUUAUUGUUGACGAUUCUGUUCAAUGGUAUGAGUGUGUGUCUAAUGUGUGAGUGCCAUUGGUACCGAUGCCUUGCUAAACUGUACAUAAUCCGACCAGUCAGGUAAAGCUAAACGGUAAAUAUACUUUUAAAAUAGUGCCAGGCCAAAACGGUGUAAAUCGUACCCCGAGAAUUCAGGUAAUUAAAAAUACGAUGUAAGUGGAGGUGGAAGGUUUGAUAUUGUAGUACAAGUGCAAGUAUAAUUAGAAUUUUCUAACUUAUUUCACGAUGAAAAAUAAAUCCUAUUGUUAUUUUUGCCUCCAGAUCUCAACUUACGAUUUGACGAGAGGCUGCGUGAGGACUUAUCUUACCUUCUUUACACGUCCGUGUCACGAAAUCUAGUAAAUAUUUCUCGGAUGAAUGUUAGGCUAAGCACUCUGUGGUUGGUUUAACAUUUGCCGAACUAUACAGCAGCAGUACUAUACAGUAGGUACUUACCUACUUAGUUCCAGCGUAGUCGCAGAGGUUACCCUUGGGUUUUUUCUAUCUAGCCCAGGCUAUUAUAAUCAAGGCAUUAUUGUAAGUUUUGUAGCAUACGAAUGUACCUAUGUAUCAAGCCAUUUUUCUAGCCUGUAAAAUAGUUUUACUUAUUUAGUUUAGUUAUUAUUUAUAAUUGAAAGUAAUUAUCUCUUUUUAGUUGUUAAUUACAUGACUGUUUUUUAAUAAUAUCCAAGCAUAUUAGUAGGUAUUGUUUGCCCGAUCACUUUUUUGGUCGUAGUAUGUGGAGAAAGAAACUUGUUUUUGUAUUUCGAGAAGGAUUUUAGGUUUGUUAUAUCUCUUUGUAUGGUUAUUUAUCUAUGUCUAAACUAAAUGUUAACCAUACAUUUCAUUACAUAUUGGAAGUCUGUUGGUAGCAAACGUCCUGUACUAUUAUGGACGUAGCGUAGGUGUCUGGGGUCUGGGUAACACCGGAAGUCUAAUCAGGAUCAGGAAGUGCAUAAUGCCAAUUCCUAUGACAAACAAUCAAUUGAUAGGUACCUAUAAAAUGUAAUUUCAUUGGUUGCUCGACCGAUUCAUGUAGUAGUCUUCGCUUAAAUCUGUUAAAUACCUACAUACGUAAAAAGAUUACACUAUCAGGUUCACUUGAAGCAUUAUUUUGAUAGACAAUUUAAAAAGAUUAUAAUUAAAACUAUGAUAAAUUGGUUGUAUGUGACUCCAGGCAGCAUUUGUGAGAGAUCCCCAUUUAAUUUUUAACUGUAUUUACACGAUUUUCAAACAACCAAAAUCCUGUUAAUUUAUUCACACAUAAAAAAAUUCUUAGCCCCGUUUGGCUGGCCUAUUUAAGAAUACCUUUAUCUUGGUUGUCCACUGGAAGAGCAGAUGAUUGUUAAGGGGUCUGACCAUGAAAGUGUAGUUACACAAAAUUGACAUUGUUAAUAUCAUGUAUAUAGGUAAUGGUUAAAAUAACGCCGCGUUAUCAAACUUUGUGAUACUUAUUUAAAUAAAAAAUAAGAUUAUAAAAA